CUCCAGAAGGGAUCUCGCUCUCCAUCCAUGGUUGUCCUCAGGAUAAGAAAUGUGCACAAAAGGAAAUAUGCACUCAUCUGCCUGUGCAUUGCUGGAUUCAUCAUGUACAGAUAUCUCGGCAUGCCAGGCAGGGGGAGGAGGAUGAGCCGAAAGGUCGGCUUGUGUGCCAACACGUCCCAGUUUACCCUCGAGGGAGAGCCCUUCCGCAUCAUUGGGGGAUCCAUCCACUAUUUCCGUGUGCCCAGGGCCUACUGGAGGGACCGCCUGAUGAAGAUGAAAGCCUGUGGGAUUAAUACCCUCACUACAUACGUGCCGUGGAAUCUGCACCAGCCGGAAAGGGGGGUUUUUAACUUCCAGACACAGCUGGAUUUAGAAGCCUAUAUCAGUCUUGCAGCCGAGAUGGAACUGUGGGUGAUUUUGCGUCCAGGGCCCUACAUUUCCUCUGAGCUGGACCUAGGAGGACUGCCGAGCUGGCUCCUCCAAGACAGCAGCAUGAGACUGCGGACGACGUACCCAGGGUUCAUUCAGGCUGUCAACACUUUUUUUGACAAGCUGAUACCAAAACUGGUUCCAUUGCAGUUCAAGAAAGGAGGUCCAAUCAUUGCAGUGCAAGUGGAAAACGAGUAUGGCUCCUUUGGAAAGGAUCAGAGUUAUAUGCUCUUCAUUAAAGAGGCUCUGCAGUCCAGAGGGAUCAGCGAACUGCUGCUCACAUCAGACAAGCACAACACGUUAAAGUCUGGGGGUGUGGAUGGAGCCCUCAGGACAGUGAAGCUUCAGAAGCUAAAUCAGAGAAACAUCCAGGAGCUGACUGCUAUCCAGCCCAACAACCCCACCAUGGUGAUGGAUUACUGGACCGGCUGGUAUGAUAUCUGGGGAGAGCUCCACCAUGUGCUGCCCCCAGAGGAUAUGGUAUCCACUGUAAGGGAAGUUCUGAGGAGAGGCAUGUCUGUCAACUUGUACAUGUUCCACGGAGGAUCCAGUUUUGGCUUCAUGAGCGGAGCACUUGCCGAUCCCUCAUACAGAGCUUUAGUCCCCAGCUAUGAUUAUGACGCUCCUCUGUCUGAAUCUGGGGAAUACACUUCAAAGUACCAUCUUCUCAGGGAUUUACUUUCUCGAUACAAAAACACAGGAGGCUCUGACAGUCUCCCGGACAUGCCAGUCCUGCAUUACAGGGAGGCUUACGAACCAGCUAUUAUGUACCAGCACCUUUCAUUAUGGGAUGCUUUAAGCUUCACAGAAGGACCAUUUAAGUCCGCCAAACCAGUAAACAUGGAAAAUCUACCUGUGAACAACAGAAAUGGACAGUCCUAUGGCUACACUCUGUAUGAGACUAUUAUCACGAGGGGAGGGCUGUUACAGUCAGGGGACAAUGUCAGAGACCGUGCCCUGGUGUUCGUAGACAGAAGCUACAUUGGCCUUUUCAAGCGCCGGAGUCUGGAACUGGCGGUUCCUGAUGGUAAGGAACGUCGUACCUUAAGUUUAUUGGUGGAGAACUGUGGACGAGUUCACCAGGGAAGGGAGCUUGACAAGCAACGUAAAGGACUAGUGGGAGACAUUUUAUUAAACAAUAUCCCCUUGAGAGAUUUUACAAUAUACAGCCUGGAUAUGAAACCCAGCUUCAUUGAUAGCCUUAUUUCAGUCUUUAUCAAGCACCCUGGAAAAGUCUUUCUGAAACCCCCAGCUUCCCUGGAUUUUUCAUGGGCAGACUGUUUGCAUAUGGGUAUCCAAGUGACACGUUUGUGAAGCUGCCAGGCUGGGAGAAAGGUGUUGUGUUUAUCAAUGGGUUCAACCUUGGGCGCUACUGGUCCAUUGGCCCCCAGCAGACUCUCUACCUCCCAGGUCCUUUUCUCAAUAGUGGAAUCAAUCAGGUAUAGCUGUUCGGAAACAAAUGAUGAAUUAUGAUGAUUGUAGCACUGUGUUGGUCUGUAAGCAAUUAUCAUUCUACCUUUCUUGUAGGUCCUUAACUUCAUAGCCAAAGCAGACGUUCUCACGUGCAGUCAUCCAAAAAACCUCCACAAAGCUUCAUCGAUCAUUGGCGAUGAUGUUAUGUGUAGGCAGAAAGAUGAUUGGUUUAAAGGUUUGCUACAAUAGGAA